AUGUCGAACAACAAGGCAGAAGGACGUCGCGAGGAUGCAUUGGCAAAGCAGCGCAAUCAAAUGCGAGAGGAUUUCGAGCGGCAGAAGCAGUCUCUCAUCAACGAGACUGAGAAGGCUCGCCCUUCGUCGAACCGUUUCGUGGGCCAGAAUGACUCCAUGGAAGACACUCUCAAGAAGAGUACGGUUGGUCUGGUCAGGCUUGAGGAGUUCCAGCAGCGACGGAAGGAACUCGAGGAAGCGAAAGCCAGGGAAGCUGCGCGCACAAACGAACUGAAGUAUAAUUUGUUUAGAGAUGAACAGAAGAAAGCAAAGAAGCGGAAGAAGGCGGCCAAGUCUACGCUCUCGUUUGCCAUGGAUGACGAGGAGGGAGAGGUAGAAGGCGAGGGAGACGGCGACGACGGGGAGCAACCCAGUAAGCGGGCCAAGUCGCGCAAGAAUCCCAAUGUCGACACGUCCUUCUUGCCUGACCGGGAACGCGAGGAGGCUGAGCGACGUCAGCGGGAGCAGCUCCGGCAGGAAUGGCUGCGCAAGCAAGAUGAGAUGAAGCAGGAAGACAUUGAGAUCACUUACUCGUUCUGGGACGGCAGCGGUCAUCGAAAGAGUGUGAUGUGCAAGAAAGGCGAUGAUAUCGCUACCUUCUUGGAGAAGUGCAGACAGCAAUUGCCCGAGCUUCGAGGUGUCAGCGUUGACAACCUCAUGUACGUGAAGGAGGACUUGAUCAUUCCCCACCAUUAUACCUUCUACGACUUCAUAAUCAACAAAGCUCGCGGCAAGUCUGGGCCGCUGUUCAACUUCGACGUCCACGACGAUGUUCGUCUGCUAGCCGAUGCUACCAUCGAAAAGGACGAAUCUCAUGCAGGCAAGGUCGUGGAAAGGAGUUACUACCAGCGAAACAAGCAUAUAUUUCCUGCGUCUAGAUGGGAGGUCUAUGAUCCGGAGAAGAAAUACGGGAAGUACACCAUAGCGUAG